AUGGUGAAUUUUUGUAGUGGUUUUGAUUGUCCUAGCUCAAGUAACGUUAGGGAAGACUUGUCAUUUCACAAGUUUCCUCUUAAAGAGAAAGAGAGGCUUCAAAAAUGGGUACAUGUUGUUCGAAGAAAAGACUUUAAGUCUUCUUCCAGCUCAACAUUAUGCAGUUUACAUUUAAAAGAAACUGACUUCUAUUCAGCUGUUGUAAGUGGAAAACAAAUGUCAAAAAAAUCUGCAGUACCAUUUGUAUUUAAUUUCCCAAAUUAUUUAAUCCCAAAAAUAAAAGAAAGAAGAAUUCUGCAACGAGAAGACACAACCACAACAACAGCCGUUCAUAAUACUGAAAAUAUUGAGGAAAAUAAUAUAUCUACCUGUGAAACAGAUACCAAGUUUGUAGACAUUGGCAUACAGACUAAAUUAACUGGGGAAGAGUUAGACAGAACAUUACAAGAUUUACAUUGAGACAAGAUGAUUUUGCAACAGAAAUUAAUG